AUGUUCGAGGGCUUCUCCUUCCCGCCCAGCGACCGCAGCCUUCGUGUGCCGGGCGGCAGCGGCGACGACCCCGACGGCGCCUUCCACUGCGAGAGCGCACUGGUGUCACCGCUGUCGUCGCGCUGCCCGUCGCCGCGCCUGCGCCCGCGCGACUACUCGACGCGCCUCGCCCGCCGCGCCCGCUCGCCCUUCCGCCGCGGCCCCGCGCCGACUUCCAUCCCGCCCGCCCUCGCCGACCACCGCCGCCUGUCCAUCGGCUCGCUGACCACCCGCCUCCACGCCCACUCGCUCGAUGCCAGCGACUCCGGCGCCGACAGCGACGACAGUCAUGGCUCCCCACACGCGCCCCGGUCCGCCUAUCUCGACCCCGGCAGCCCGCCGACGUGGAUGGACCGCCGUCCCAGCUUCGCCUUGAUAUCGCCCGCCGACAGCGACAGCUACACCGCCGGCUACGGCUCGCCGUAUGCCGACGUCUCGCCGACAUCCACGCCCCGGUCGGACCGCCGCUUCUCGCAGCCCGCCAACUGCACGUCCGUGCCCAGCACCUUCGCCUCGCGCCAGGGCAGCGUCGAUGCCGCCCACCGCCGCCAGUCGCUCGCCGCCCUGCGGCUGCAGCGGGAGCAGCUCUCCAUCAUCCAGUGCGCCGCGACGUCCGUGGCCGACACCGUGCGGCUCGCGCAGAUGCUCGACCAGGACGAACGCUUCCGCUACGGUGUCGACCUGGCCAACGACGGCCAGCACCCCAGCUCGCUCCCGCCCGCGCGUACGCAGUCGCGCAUCCUGCAGAAGAAGAUGGACGCGUUGAAAGCGGGUUCCUCCUCCUCCUCGUCGUCGUCGUCGUCUGCCGGCCUGAAGCUCCCAGGGUCCGUUGCGGGUAAGUCCAAGAUCGACAAGACGUAUCCCGCUGCGGUUGAGAAGAAACACGCGAGAGCCAGCCCCAGCAGCCUCCGCCGGAGAAGCCUGGUUCUGGCUGCGGUCACCGCGGUGCUGGAAGCUGAAACAUCGACUCAGUAUCGCGAUUCGAUCGCGGCCCCGGAUCAGCUGCGAACCCUGGGUGCAUAUCCGCAGCCCACGCCGACGUGA